UUCCCCCGCCGACCCCGCGCCUGGUGCAGGGGGAUUGGGGUUUUCUGUGUGCCUGGCUGGCCUCAGGCGUCUGGGCGCCGCCUUGUGCUGCCAUAGGACCACCGGGAGCGGCAAGGAGCCCGCAGAGCACGCGGGGCCCUCUGCCGGAAGCGCCCUUCGGCGCCAUUGGCCGGGCCCCUUGAAGGCGCUCUAGCCCGUCGCUUCCUCCUUUCUCUCUGCUCCCGGCGCUCGGCGGUGCCUGGCGGACGCGCCGCCGCGGUCCGCCCCGGCAGGGAGCGCCCUGCGCCGCGCCCGCGCGGCGGCGGCGACGCUCUGGGCGGCAGCGGCAGCGGCGAGGCCGGCAGCAUGUCGGCGUCGGAGGAGUACUCGUCGGGGGAGGACGAGGACUACGUGCCCUCGGGUGCAGAGUACAGCGAGGACGAGGCGAGCGAGCUGGUGGCGGAGGAGGAGGCGGCGGCGGCGGCAGGGAGCCCGCGGGCGGCCCGCGGCAGGAGGAGCCCCCGCCGCGCCACCGGCAGGAAGAGGAAGAAAGGCGGUCUCUUGCUAGAGCCAGGUGAAAAAGAGGAAGAAAAGGCUCAGCAAAACGACAAGGAAGAGGAGGAAGUGGACAACUUAAAGCAGGCCGAAAGAGACAGAGAAGAAGAAGAAAAAAAGAAAGAGGAUGCUCUUUGGGCCAGUUUCCUUAGUGAUGUGGGACAGAAACCUAAAGUGUUGACUGCCACACAAGUGACACAAACUAGCAAGGCUGAAGAAAAGAGUGUGAACAAGCUUCAGGAGAAAUCAAAAGAGUCUGAGAAGCCAAAAGAUGCAGGAAAACUGACAAUCACCAAAGUGUUUGAUUUUGCGGGUGAAGAAGUCAGAGUGACUAAGGAAGUGGAUGCAACCUCAAAAGAAGCUAAAUCUUUUCUGAAGCAGCAAGAGAAAAUGCAGUCAGGAACUCCAGCUUCCCUCCCGACAGUCUCUGGGGUGAAGAGGCCAAGUGGUAUGAGCAGCCUUCUUGGAAAGAUUACCUCCAAAAAGCAGAAGAUGAGCACGCUGGAGAAAUCCAAACUGGACUGGGAGAACUUCAAGGAGGAGGAGGGCAUUGGGGAGGAGCUGGCAAUCCAUAACCGAGGGAAAGACGGGUACAUCGAGAGGAAAGCGUUCCUGGAGCGGGUGGAUCACAGGCAGUUUGAGAUCGAACGCGACAUCAGGCUGAGCAGGAUGAAGCCCUGAGGUGCCGGCGGUGGCCGCGGGGGACCCUGCUCGCUUCUGUGCCGGAGCAGCGGCUGGGGGCCGCCGGCCGACCGCCAGGCACAGAAACCGUUCUCUACCCAAGACUCAGCCCGUUUGUCUUAACGGGUUUUUCCUUUUGCUGUACUAGUUUGGGGAGGGUAUUUGUCGGUGGGCAGGGGGCACUCUGAGGGUUAAACUGCCCAGUGGAUGACAGAGGCGACUGGCCUGAUCCUGGCAGGCAGCUCUCCAAGCGCCAGGCCCCGAGGAGAGACCGCGACGCUGACCCUUUGCCAGCUCCCCGCGCUUCUGGCAGCGGGGGGAGCCGGGGGGGCCGGGAGCUGGCACGGCGCUGGGGCCGGGGCUGGCGCGGAGGGCCGCGGCUGGGCGCUCUCUCUGGGGGGCACUGGUGCCCGAGCGCCUGCAGAGCCGGGAAAGCCGGUGGCUGCUCAGCUCGCGCAUUUGCUUGCGAGAGAGCUGCUUGGAGCCGCCACGGGAAGGUUUCAUGGCUGCCAGGCGUGCGCGAGGCCUGGCCAGAGCCCUUCUCGCCCCUCUCCAGCGCAGGCAGCCCGCAGCCUUCCCUGCCCCUCUGUGCCUGCUCUUGCCCAGACAAAGCCGGACUGUCUGUACGUGUUUACGGGGUCUGAGGAUACUGGGGGGGGUUUUAAGCAAGCCGACAAAGAAAUCCUUCCUUGUUCGCUCUGCCCAGGAGACGGAGCAGCUGCAGCGGCUGGGGCGGGCCAGGAUCCGAGCGUGCACGUGAAUAAAGCGUUCCAUCUCGAGA